AUGUCGUUAAGUCAACAAACACUGGUCACUCAAUUUGACAAGACAAUGAAAUCUUCUACACAUGGAGGGAGGGUAAUGAGUGUGGGGAAUUUGAGAACUCUUGAGCCGGAACUAGAAAUGACCAAAAUCAAGUGGCAUAAGCCUGCAACUGGAGUUACUAACUUCCUCUUACAUGCUUUUCCAAUUGCUGUCCCAGUAGUCGUGGUUUCAGUCGUUCUAUUUAUCAUGGCUUUGGUUUUCCUGAAAAGAAGAUCAAGGAAGAGCCAUGUUUCUAUGCCGCUUGAAGCAACUGAUGGAGUUGCUGAAAUCUUAACAGCCGAAUCCUUACAGUAUAGCUUAACUGAAAUUCAAAUUGCCACAAAUAACUUCUCUGUGGAUAACAAAAUUGGCGAAGGUGGAUUUGGUCGUGUAUACAAGGGUGUACUUGCUAAUGGACAAGAGGUAGCAGUAAAGAGGCUGUCAAGAAGCUCAGGGCAAGGUGCAGAAGAAUUUAAAAAUGAAAUUGUAGUAGUCGCAAAGCUUCAACACAGAAAUCUAGUUCGACUAUUGGGAUUUUGCUUGGAAGGAGAAGAAAAGAUACUCAUAUAUGAAUUUGUUCCCAAUAGAAGCCUUGACUACUUCCUCUUUGAUAGUAAAGAUUCAGAAAAGAAACGAUCACUGAACUGGUCAAGACGUUACAAGAUCAUUGGAGGUAUAGCAAGAGGACUCCUCUAUCUGCAUGAGGAUUCUCAUCUUAGAAUUAUUCAUCGCGAUCUCAAAGCAAGCAAUAUAUUGUUGGAUGGAAAUAUGAGUCCAAAGAUAGCAGAUUUUGGCAUGGCAAAGAUUUGUGGAGUUGAUCAAUCUGUAGGAAACACAAAUAGAAUUGCUGGGACAUUUGGUUACAUGGCUCCCGAAUACACAAGGUGUGGCCAGUUCUCCGUAAAGUCAGAUGUAUUCAGUUUUGGGGUUGUAAUUUUGGAAAUUAUCACAGGCAAGAAGAACAGUAGCUUCUACGUAUCUGAAGAUUCUGAAGGCCUUCUAAGCUAUGCUUGGAAGCAUUGGAGAAGCGGCGAUCCUUUAGCUCUUUUGGAUUCAAGUAUUGGAGAUUCUUAUAUCAAAAAUGAAGUCAUUCAGUGUGUCCAAGUAGGUUUAGUAUGUGUUGAAGAAGAUGUCAGCAAAAGACCUACAAUGGCUUCCGUGGUCCAAAUGCUCAAUAAUAGUUCUGUUACCCUACCUACUCCACAUUGUCCGGCUGUUUUCCGGCGCCAUGGAUCGGAGGGCAGGGUGGAGGAGCUGAAAGUUGAUCAAUCUAAUGCCGAAAGAAUUUCAGCUUCAAGCUCUGUAAAUGAGGCAUCAAUUACUCAACCAUAUCCCAGAUGAAGGAAGAAAUAGGGCUAAUUCUGGAAGGAAAUAUCAAGGAAUUGUGUUUCGCAUUUCCAAAUCUUCCUAAGAAUGAAAAAUCUGCUUGUACCGCAGUGUGUCCUAGUUGACAAAAUAGCCCCCAUGUACAAGUGGACAUUCUUGUUAAUCGCUAGAGAUUUUGAAUUG